UCCGUUCUUCUGUUCGGAAUGUGCCAACCAUCAGGAGGAGCAUCUGCUGUCCCAGAAAAGAGAGUCUAUAAGACCUGCUCAAUGUAUAGAGAUAGGGAGUGGGCCCUUGAUUGGGUGGAGGGCCUACACGAGGCGGGAUGUGGGGCUGCUGUGUUUCUGAAGACCGCCACGGGCGAUGACUGGUUCUGUGUUGGAGGGAUUAUUAAAUCCGAGGAUGAGAGGGCGGACGGGCAUGGACGGAAGUUCAGGAGGUUUUUCCUUACAACGGUGUACGACGAACAGGGAGUGGACCAUGCGAAGGUCGACCAUAAAGUCAGCCUCGAAUACAAUAUGUUCAAGGGGUAUGGAGGUAAGGCGAUUACCAUGAAAGCCUUCGAUGUCUCCCCGAGAGAAGACGGGAGUGUAUUGACGAUGCUUGGCCCCGUGAAAUUCCUCGCCAGAACGAACGGGUACAUGAGAUCUGGAAACAGUUCCACGACGUCAGCGGGUGGAAGCAGGCGCCGCACCAAACGGACUCAGCCGCGUCAUCAGCCUGACGAAGGGGCUCGUGGUCCUCCUGUUGAAUCGACCCACCGGAGGGAAUGUGCAGGACUGUCUCAGUCGUCCACCCGGCAAGACGAAGGCACCCAUGUCAUUACAUACAGAAGGAAGGCCUUGUCAACUGCUCCAUCUUCUGCCCGCCAGAAAGACUAUGGUGGUGCGUCCGGGAGGGCAGCCCUGCGGGAGAUAAGCGAAGGAUCGGAUGAGGAAACGGAGGGUGAUCCUGGGAUUGGUGUUGAUCGGCAUCCGCAGGGUAAUCAUGCCGUCGACGAUGAGGAAUGUGGGGUCGAAGAGGACGAUGCCGAAGAGGAGAAAAGGGGGAGAGAGAGAGAGGGAGAGGAUCGUGAGGAAUCUAUGAACGACUGCGAUGACGGGGAGUCUCGGCAGCACGACGAGGGGGACUAUGGGGGCGAUGACGAGGAUGGAGGGCAAGAAGCGUCGGCUGAUGUGGAGGUCGAUGAGGGAACAGGAGAUCGGUCGGAGGGCAGUGUGCACAAAAGGAAGCGGCGAUCUUCAAUAAGUCCGCAGGCGACGGUGGAUAAACGCGCUGCGAAGAGACUCAUUUUCGAUGAGGAUGGGUUUGCGAAGAAGAAUCGGGAACACGUUCAAGUGGAUAUAAUGAAGAUCUUGCCAAUUCCUGAAGGUGACAUCCUCUUCAACCAUAGAACAUUGGACGAAACGUUGGUGCAGUCCAUAUACGAUGCGAUCCAUUAUGCGGCUAAGGAAACCAACGGGAAGUGGGAUAUCAUGACUUUCAUCCUGGCUCUCAUUGUACCGAACGGGGACGGCUCUCAAGGCAGACGGAUCACACCGAAGGAAUUCAAUGUCGCACUGGCUCAUACAUACCACUGGUAUGUUGUUGAUGGCCAGCACACGGCUGAGGCAAUGAACAGACUCAUUAAGGACAAGUCACCGGCCGAGAAAGUGUACGGCUUGAGGUCGUACUCUCAUGUACGCGUUGUCUACUUUGACGAUGACAAAAAGAGAGGAUAUCCGUACGUCUCCACAUUCGACAACACAAGGGAGGAGCGUUCCAUCCCGAGAUCGUUUUCGUCGUCUGUGCGGCAAAUCAGAAGAUUUUGGGAUAAGAGGAAUAACCGGAUCCGUCCUUCGGGCACCGUGUCCCCGAAUGACGUCGAGGGAAUGGAACGGAAAAAGAAGUGGGAAGCGUUCAUGAACGCCACCUGCAAAAUGACACCUGACUCCGGUCUCAUGAACUCGUCCCUGGAGAACGACUACUGCAAGGACUGGACGAACAAGAUGCGCGGGUACAUGAAUCUUGCGCAGUGCGGCGAGAUGGUAUGGCCACUGGUAGAAAAAUUCUUUGGCAUGUACGAGAAAGGACUAUUGUCAAGAAUCGACGGUGUGAGAUACGUCGAUCUGCCGGGGAAAAUGGAAGGGAGGCUGCCUGGGCAAUACUUCCUCAAGGACAACUCCGGCAAAAAAGUCUUGUACCACUGCAUCAAGGCCAGAAAGGGGCCGCAAGGCGCAACGGUGUCUAUACCGGACUGGACGCCCUCAAUCUUUAAGCUGUUUGGUGAUAUGACAGCGAGAGAGAAGCAAGUGGCGCUGCAUCACAUGAUGGGCGGUGAUGUCAUCGUGACAUCACGUACGGUACCUCGUGGUAGAUGCAACAUUGCGGACCUGGUGCCGAGGCGUUUGCGCGGUCCUGAUGAGAUUCAUGGCGGGAACGGUGCGGGGCUGGAGGCAACCCAAGCCAUGUACAAGGAAACCCCGUUCCACCUUAAGUGUUUCAUCUACGAGGCGAUCGAUUGCUUGGACGACUUGAGAGCGGAGGUUAAUCGGAUAUCCUCCAAUGCUCGUCACAUCUUUUGGGAAGUGAGGAAAAGGAUUACCACGAUCCUGCCAUAUGAAAUCGAACCGAAGGGAGUGCUCACCGACAAUGAGGAGGUUGUUGGUACAUCGACGGGGAUGAAGAUACGGGCAAUCAUUCUCGAUAUGUCAACAUCACAAAAAUGUGUUCCAUGGGAUGAUGACGAAUUUUUCGAACUGCACGCUUUCCUCACGACAUGCUGUGGCGAAAGCUCGGCCUUGAUCAUUUUCGCGCUGAUGAAGCACCAGAAACAGGUGAUGCAGAGUGUGUACAAGUGGGACGAUGUGGAGGUGCUCACUGGGUCAUGGUACAGACACUACACACCUUCGACAACCGUGAACAAGUACGGCAACAUUGCAGUUCGGUACAUUGAUAUGAUGGCUAUUGUCCUCCACGCCGAGAACGACAAUUUGAACAAUAUAACGGUUGCGCCGAAAUUGCGAGCCGAAUUGACAAAUUUAAACAUUGAAGAGGGUGAGUUUGUGAGGUGCUCAAAGGAGUGCAUCGACGUGGAGGGCGACACUGAUGUGGUUUAUUCUUGGAUGGAACGAGAGCCUGCACGUCUCCGUAAGCUAUGCAGCUCAUUCAUCAGGGAGGAUGACGGUGUGAUGCUGCUGGGCAGGGCGCAUGCGGGACUGAUUUGGGAACUGACUCACACCGGACACCACGUGUUUGCGUGUGACGACACGACAAAAGAGCUCACAUACCUUUCCAAGUUUUUGGACUUCUAUGUGAAGGAUCCGGGGAACAGAUGCAGGUUCGAAAAGUCCCAAGUCGAGCACCGCAAGGACCGGGACAUAUACUAUAAGCUUGGUAGAAAGAGGGAGAAAGUGUGGGCUUACUUGUUCGGUGACGCUCCACAGUCGGCGGUUGGUAACGACUACCAUCUGUAUUUCAAUAUGAAGAAAAGAGCACUGUCAAGUCGGGACUAUGCAGACUUGGCACGUAAAGCCGACAACUUCAAUAACAUCGAUUGCGACGAAGACACGUCAGACUCCGACCUGGACAUCCCGUCGCGCGCGGCACGAGGUGCGGCGGAGAGAGCGCGUGGCGAGGAGCUGCAAGGGAGCACCAAUGGAGCUCCGGAGAAGGCGAGUUCGAGUAUGGGAGCAACACGUGCGAGUGAGGGAAAUGUGGAAACAAGAAUGACUGGAAGGGGAGAAAUGAAUGGUGUACCAACAAACCCAGUGGGUGCCACUGAGGGGAUAGUUAACUCACAGGGCAACAAAGGGGGAGGAGAGAAUGGGUGUGCAAUGGCCCCGCCGACAGCUGGGCCAUCAUCGACACAUGCACCGCAGGCCGAGCAACGAACACUCACGUCCAUGGACACCGAUGAAGACGAAGAGUUGGAUAUGACAGCACUCACGCCAAAGCUCAUGCCAGGAAGACCGUUGCCUCAAGGCUUUGCCCCAGACCCUUCAGUGCCAUACUUGCUGCAGGACAAGUACAAAGAGUCAUCGGAGGAGGAUUGGGGUCAUCAUAUUCUCUGGCAUGAGGGUGUGUUCGAACCGUGUAUGUUUGCAGGCCAGUGGCAGAUGGCUGUGAAGACAAGAGACCGAGGGUGGGUCGCGAAGGAGAAAAAGGACGCUGCGAUAUGGCACAGCGUGACGGAAGCGCAAAUUUUUCGGCGAGUUUUGAAAGAAAACGCCGGCGCAAGCGAGUAAGCUGUAGUGGCAAAGACGAAAGCGUUGUUUCAGCAACUGCGUGCGAACAAAAAGCUAGAAUUCAG